GAGCGCGCAGGCUGUGGACGCGCAGCUGUGGGUGAAGUUUGUCCACUCGGGCUCCCAUUCUUCACCAGGGGCUUUUGUUUGGCCCGGAUCAGCCGCAGUUUUAUCUUUUACCUUUACGCGCGCGGAGUUUGCGGCUCUUUGGAUCGAUCCGGGAGCCGUUUUGGAGCCGGGACAGAGGAGCCGUGCGCUCUGGGACGCACUGAGCGGCUGUUUUGUUGGAGUCUGUGACCUGUGGAUCCGAGUCUGAGCACGACGCUGCGCCUGGACUGGACCGGACUGGGAAAGCGUUUCCUCGAGUCACGAUGAGACACUGACGCCGCUCAGACGAUGGCGGAGCUGGAGGUCGACCAGUCUCACCUUCCUCGUGUCGAAGAAGUGCGUCAGAACUUUGCUGUGCUGGAGGAUGGAGUGUUGGCUCACAGCCUCCAGGAGCAGGAGAUUGAGCAGUUCUACACGACAAACGUCCAGAAGAAUCAGCUGGUGCAGAACGACAUCCGAGUGGCAAAGAGACUCCAGGACGAGGAGGAGGAGCAGAGGGCUCAGUACAGCGCCCUCCUCAGGCAGACCUCCAGACAAAUGGAGGAGCGUGACUUUGAGUACGCCCGUGUGAUUCAGGAGGAGAUCCGGAGGAGGGCGGAGGAGGCGCGGCGCAGAGAGAUGGACGAUGAGGAACUCGCCAAACAGAUCCAAGAAGAAGAAGAGGAGAGGCUGAGGAGGAGCAGAGAAGCCGGCAGCAGUGACUCUGAGGAGCAGUACUCUCCUUUGUCCAGCAGAGGGCGGCGUUCCACCUCUGACCGCAGCUCUGCACAGUGUCACAGCCCCCGGGCGGGAUCCCGCAGGGGCCAGAGAACAAACGCAGGGCAUUCAUUUAGGAAUCUGAGAGAUGAGGGGCUUUUGAAUGAGGAAUCGGAUGAAUCGGAUGAAUCGGAUUCGGUUUUCUCUGAGCUUCAUGUCGGGUCAAGAACGGUUCCUCCUCAACGUAAACCACGAGACAGAGACUACAGGAGGGUCAUAACUCACACGAGCGUUUCUGAGCACGACAACGACCACGAAACGGAGCGACAUAAUGAAAAUGGACACGCUGAACGGAGGAGAGAGAGGAGCCGCUUUAUGGAACGGGAUUAUAGGGAAUCGAGAAACCGGGAUAUUCAGACGGAGCUGGCGGAGGUGAGAGAGCGGCGGUGUAAACGAACGGAGUCGGCGAGGCUCCCAGACAGACGCACGGAAAGUUUUCGGGAUUCGGCGAAAACGUGGGCGUACAAGGACAAUCCCGACAAACAUGUGAGAUUCCGGGAUGAGUCCAGGAAAUCGGAAAAGGGUGAAAACGGGAGCAGGGAGGUGUGGGAGAUGCUGGGGCAGGUGCUCAGAGAGAGAGGCGUCCCGGUGCGGAUGGGAAGCAACGGGGCGCCGCUUCAAAUAGGAGCGGCUCAAAGGAGAGAGAGGAGAGGGAGUGGCGGUCUGUACGGGAGCGAAGCGUCCUGCGGCGACGUCCAAACGCAUCACGGACGCUUUCAAAGAGCCGCCGCCGCCAGACACAGUUUCCACGGAGACGUCCGAGAGAGGAGGCGCAGAAGCUUCGGCGGCGAGCAAACCCAAGGCCGACGCCGCGACCCCGUCCCACCGGAGACGGACAGCGGACAACGGCGGCGGGAGUCGGGUUCGAACGGCGACGGACGCGGAGGCAGACGAGGGAAAGAGCGAAAAAAAUACGAAACGAGCGACGAACGUAACGCAAACGAACACGGGAUCGAGCGGACGAAGAGCGAGAGGAGGCCGGAGCGCGAGGAGAGAGAGAGGAGGGCCCCCAACAGGAGCCAAAGCCUGAGGUCCAGACGCACGCCCCUCGCAGAGCGAGACAGAACGAGCCUGGAGCUUGGAGAACUGCAGCAGGUUCUUCACGACGAGGAACUGGCCCGAAAACUCCAGGAGGAAGAGGAAAAAGUUCAGAGCAGGAGUCCGGGGCCGUCGCCGCGGUCGUCCUGUCCGGACGGAGACUUCGCCGUGGCCCAAGUCGCUCAGGACGAGGAGAUCGCACGCUACAUGCAGAAACAGGAAAUCACCUGGAAACGGCGAUCACGAGAACUCGACGGGCCCGCGUCAUGGCGAGAACAUAGAGCCAUGAUGAGUCAGCACGACAGGAGGGCGAGAGACAGACAGGUUCCUCGAGAGAGACUUGAUUCUGAGGGUCUUCCUUCUCCGACAGAAGAGCCGCCGCACAGCCCCGAGUCCCCCCUGCAAACUGCGUCACAAAUCAGGAACAUCGCCGAGGAGCUGGACCCGACGUUUCCAGGUCGGAGCUCGGAGAACCUCAGGGGAGAACAAACGGGCUCCUGCUGCUCUCCACUUCCACAGUCGGGAUUUCAGGACGAGCCCACGUUUAUCCCACCGACCAAGAGACAAGCGGAAAAAUCAGUCCGACCCAAGUCCAAAGAGAAGAGGGAAAACUGCAAACAGCAAUAAGUAUUUGACACUGAAGCUAGAAAUGUACAAAUCUGAGGAAAAAAGAUCCUGAGCUGCACUUUAGACCACGGGAAAAAACGGGAGCAAACGGGAGCAAAUGGGAGCAAAUGGGAGCAAACGGGAGCACUGUUGUGUGUUUGGGCCAAGUAUUAUUUCAUGUUUAUUUAAGCGUGUCACAGAUGUUUGUCACGUUUCUGUUUUAUUUUACUUUUGUUUUUAGUUUAAAGUCGAGAGGGAAACUACGAUGACUCUUCUGUAUUUCCUGUUUUGUGAGAAUAUUCCCCAUGAAUGAAUUUUCAAGAACGGAGUUUCAUAUUAAAUAUUUAAAUGCUGACAAUC